GUCCAAGUAAAAAAGAACUGCAGAAGUAGGGGUAAACAUUAAUAAGUCAGUGAAUUCAAUUCUUAUUUGUUAUCUAACCUGGGAUUUUAUUUGCGAGCGUAAAUGUAAUUGUCGCACUUCGCACUUACAUGAUAAUCUAGGACUUGAUAUAAAAAUAUUUUCGCAUAUGGUUGCAAUGGUUACUAUUUAACCUAAAACUGCCGGUUCAAAAAUAACUUCACAGAAAUACAGAUUUUAAAUUUACAUUUGCGAUAAUUGUCAUUGAUUAUAUCAAUAAUUAAUUUUUUUCUAUAACUUUUACAAUUAAAAAUUGAAAAUGAGUGUCGACAAUAAUUGGAAUGAAAUUGAACAAGUAAAAAAAGAAAAACGUCACGAAUUAAUUCUGUCUGGUGCAUCAAUAUCAGAAAAAAUAAAAUCAUUCGGUUUAAGUGACGAAUUAUUUAAUUGUGAAACGUUAAAUUAUUUGAAUAUCAGUCACACAUGUCUUCAAUUAAUAUCCGAAGAAAUUGGCAGGUUAACAAAUUUAACGACAUUAGUAUUGCAUUCAAAUCAACUGCUAAAUAUUCCGGUGACAGUAAAAAAUUUGACAAAGUUAAAAAUUCUUGACUGUUCAUGCAAUGAACUGACACUGGUACCUGAUGAAAUCACUUUGUUAACUCAACUGACGACUCUUAAUUUGAAUUCGAAUUCGCUAAGUAAGUUGCCGUGUCUUAAAGCGAAUGUUAAAUUAAAUACAUUAGAUUUGUCCAAUAAUAAAUUUGAUGUAUUCCCGGACGUUUGCUAUAAUGAUUUGAGUCAUUUAGCUGAAGUGAAAAUCAGCAAAAAUAGUAUUAGAGAAAUUCCGGAUGCUAUUUCUGCACUGCCUUCAUUGAAACAUCUUGAUGUCGCUGAUAAUUGUAUCAAAGCUGUACCUGGUGAACUCGCCGAUUGUCAAAAGUUAAAAGAACUUAACUUGAAAGGUAAUAAACUAAAUGAUAAACGACUCGAGAAAUUAAUUGAUCAGUGUAGAACAAAACAAAUACUUGAUUACGUAAAUCAGCAUUGCGAAAAAUCGUCUAAAAGCAAAGGAUCAAGUGGUAAAGAGAAUAAAAGCAAGAGUAAGAAGAACACAAAAAAUGACGGCCACAACAAAAAUAUUAACGAUGAAACAAUUGACAAUUUAACGCAUAAAUUGAAAAUAAUCCACGUUAAUAAUGAGAGUCCUGUUAUUAAAAUAACUGAAAGCAUAAAACAAGUACGUCCUCAUAUUGUUGGCUGCAUCGUUAAAAAUAUCGCAUUUACUGAAGAAAAUUUCAAGAAAUUUAUUCAGUUGCAAACAAAAUUACACGACGGUAUUUGUGAUAAAAGAAAUGCUGCUACCAUUGCGACACAUGACUACGAUUUAAUAGUUCCAGGAGAUUUGACAUUUACUGCAAAGGCGCCCACUGAGAUUGAAAUAAAACCAUUGGGCCGCACAAAACUUUUCACAGCUGCUGAAUUAUUUAAACGUCUUCAGGUCGAAGCGGAUAAUUUACGACGUGAAAAGAAACGAAAUGUUUACUCUGGGAUUUACAAAUAUUUAUAUUUGAUCGAAGGAAAGCCAUUAUUUCCAUGCUUGGUAGAUUCAGCGAAUCAAGUGAUAUCGUUUCCGCCAAUCACUAACAGCGACAUUACAAAAAUGAGUGUUAACACUAAAAAUAUGUUUAUUGAAGUUACUGGUGUUACUUCUCAACAAAUUUGCAGAAAUGUAAUGGAUGAAUUUUUGAAAGAAUUAAUCACACAAGGGUUAUGUUCAUCAAUGGAAAAUUCAAACCAAACUUCAAACGCUCAUAAUUUGGAGGUCGAACAAGUAAAAGUCGUUGAUAUGGAGGGAAAUUUGAAACAUAUUUAUCCAUCACGAGUUGAUUUGAACUUCGAUGAUAAGAUUAAAAUUAUAAGAGAUUGAUGAUAUAUGAAGUGGUAUAAGAUCAUAUUUUUUCCAUUACUGGACAUUUCAUACAGAAGUUACAUUUGAGCACCGGCGAGGUUUACUAAAAGCUAUACUUUUUUUGAAAAAUAUUUCGUCAUGACCACUACAAUUUAUCUUAAUCUAGUUACUAAUCGCUGUUAUUAUUUUUCAAAGUUUAGUUCUCGUAUAGUUUAGCUUUUUGCAAAUUUCGAAUUUCAAAAAUAGAAAAUUAGAUAAACUCAAUGUAUCAUCAUAAUUUAUAUUAAACUUUUAGAAAUGACCUAUGAAAAAAUAAUGUACAAAUAGGAAAUAAAAUAUUUCUCAAUUUUC